GCGAUUUUAGCUUGAACUAGCUAUCGGCAACUACCCGUGCGACAAGAGACGCAAAGUUAUAAAAUCUAACGCACCCUGUUUUUGUCUUCGUCCUCUUUUAGAGAACCAAUCACAGGCAGCGGUGAUGUAAACAAGGAAAUAGCUUGUGAAAUUGACAAAAAUGCGAAACGUAUAUGACGCUCCUAGAGCAGAAGUACCCGUUUCACUUUUACGAAGUAGGAUCCUUGUGUUCAUUUGAGGACAUCGAUUGACGCCGUGAUCAUUAGUUACAGUUUUUUUUAAAUGAGACUACUGUUUAUCCCGUGUUGGUAUUGACUGGACAAUGGAUGAAACACACAAGAAGAUUCUUCAGCGCAACAGAGUCAAACUGGUCACCGUCUUGGAUCCAGCAAAGCUCUGUGAUCGACUUCUUGAAAAAGGAGUUUUCACCCAAGACAUGAUCGAUGAGAUACAGAGCGCUGGGACCACCAGACGAGACCAGGCUAGGCAAUUAGUCCUGGACUUAGAAACCCGUGGGAGUCGGGCUUUCCCGUUAUUUCUGGAGUGCCUUCGGGAGACAGGUCAGCAGAGUCUGGCAGAGCUCCUACAGAAUGGAGCUCCAGCUGUUACCCUGCAGCCUGCGACACCCACUAAACUUGAAAUCCAGCCUCUUCCCAUUUCCUCUCCAAUGGAUGGUGACAAGCCAAGUAAAGUGCCUGACUGUCCGUUAGAGAAGCCGAGCACAACUCCUAGUCCGUCACCCAACGGGGAACAGUUAAGACCAAAACCACCAGGCAGAAUAAGAAGGGACAGCAUUCAGAACUAUAAAAUGGAUGCCAGCCCAUGCGGUCACUGCCUCAUCAUAAACAACAUGGAGUUUGAUCCUCAGACCGUGCUGAGCAAUCGCAAAGGCUCCAACAUAGACUGUGAAAAGCUGGAGAGACGAUUCAAGGCUCUCAACUUUGUCGUUGAAGUCAAGACAAACCUGAAACAAAGACAAAUCAAAUGCGAGCUGUCGGCUUUGUCGAAGAAGGAUCAUUCCCAGUAUGACUGCUGCGUGGUUAUCAUUCUGUCCCACGGCACUGAGGUGAAUCACAACCGCUUUCCUGGUGCCGUGUAUGGUGUGGACGGCCUUUACAUACCAGUGCAGCACAUUACAAACUACCUCAAUGGCCAGCAUUGCCCUUCUUUACAAGGCAAACCUAAACUGUUCUUCAUCCAGGCCUGUGGAGGAGAUGAAAAAGACACGGGCUUUGAGGUGUCGCCCGAUGAGAUCAAUGCGUCCUUCGGUGGACUCGAUGACCAGACGGACGCUAUUCCAAUGUCAUCUAGCAGCGACUCCCUGAGCUUGUCUGACGAAGUAGACGCCAGAGCCACCCUCCCCACUCCGAGUGACAUCCUGGUGUCCUACUCUACUUUCCCAGGUUACGUGUCCUGGCGAGAUACCCAGGCGGGCUCGUGGUACAUCGAGACACUAGACCGCAUUCUAGAGGAAAACGGUUCCACCGAUGACUUGGUCACAAUGUUGAUGAUGGUUAACAACGAAGUCUCCCAGAACUCUGCAAAAGGGCUCUACAAACAAAUGCCCGGUUCCUUUAACUUCCUCCGCAAACGCCUCUACUUCCAAACCCAAGCACAGUGAAAAAGUGUGUCCUUCAGGAAGUAGUAGUUGAUUUCAGUUCCACAUUUCACAGCACAGUAACCUCUUUUUCAGCACAGGUACAAGGAGUUUGAAUGUGCUGUGACUGUGCUUUCACUGACUGGAUCAUGUCAUGUAGUUGUAUUGUCUAUUUCCAUACUGUGAACAUUUUUAGGUUAUUUUUCUUUCUUUUUUUUUUUAAUAUGGCAGGAGCAGUUGUCAGGGGAAAGCUUGGGAUCUAUUUAUGUGAAUCAGUUCUUUCAAAUGGCUCAUAAUGUUCAAUUUGUACUCUGCAUUCAUUUAACUUUUUCUCCAGUUUUGUCUAUUUGUACACUGAUCAUGUAUAAACUGCUGUUUUUUUGGGGGGAAAAAUUGGCAUUAAAGGUAUGGGAAGACUUUCAGUGACCUAGAUAUGAGUCACAUAUGUGAGCCAAAAGGAACGAAGAUGGGACUCCUGCAUGUUCUUUUAUUUCUUUCUGUAGUGAAUGUGCAUUAAGUUUAAAUUUAGCAGCCUCCACUGUGAGUGACUAUAGACAGGUUUUUUUUUUUUUUUGUUUUUUUUUUAAGAUGAA